UGCGCGUUGCCGACACACGUGCUCGCGUCCACACAGGAAAUCGACCCCAGAGAGCCGACGCUCCAACAAAAGAGGAGCGGCGGGAUGUUGGCAGCCUUCGGCCUCCGGGGGCCCUCGCUGGGCCUCGGGAGCAUCAACUAGCGACUCGGGACGAGAAACCCAGCUGGCCGCCGUCCUCUCUUUGAUCAGUCGGGGACAGCCGAGACAGGCGCGCGCGGGCAAGUCAGCGGCACCCGCGGCGCAGGGCGUGAAACAGGCCGGCAAGAGCAAGAGCGGCGCGGCGGCCCGCCGAGGUCCUCCACACCGCACACCCCGGAUCUCCUCCUCGUCAGGCGUUGCGUGCAGCGCCCAGUCCGCCAAACGUUCGCGGCCACGGACGCCGCGCUGCCAGCCGCGCGAGCCAGUGAUGCAUGGGCCAGCCGGAGCGGCGGCUGCGCAAAAGGAAGGCCUGGGCUUGCACAGAGAGCGGAAAGAAUGAGAGGAAUAAAGGAAGAGAGGGAGAAAGAGAGAGAGAGAGAGGCAGAGACAGAGACAGAGACAGACAGAGAGGACCAGAUGACGACGAGUCUUCCAGGCGCCCGGCGGCAAGGGGCCGGCGCACCCCGCACCUUGGCCGGCGCGGGUCGGCCAAAGGGGCCCUCCACGCCCGUCUUGGGCGGACGGCUGGGGAGGAAAGAGAGAGGCGGCGGAACCUCGGAGGGGGGGCACGGAGGCGGGGGCGGGGCGAGGGCCCGGCGCGGGCGGCACAGCGCGGGGAGCCGAGGGCAGAGGCGAGCCCCCCGCGACGGUGCCGCGAGGCGGGGCCUCUCGGAAGGAGGCCUGCGCGCCGCGGGGCACCCCGCGGCGGUGGGCGCGGCGGCCCUCCGGGGCGGCGGGCACCCGCCCCCGCGGCCGUUGUGAAGCCCGGGAAAAGCGCAGGCCGCGCGGGGGGGCACUGCCGGAGCCGGCGGGGUCGUCGGCGGGGGGGGGCUGUCCGCUAUGGGACGGCCCCGCGCCGCGCCGCGGCAGCACGCCGGGGGGGAACACUGAGACGAAGCCAGGACGAGGACAAGGGAGUAGGAGGACGAGGAGGAGGAGGAGGACGACAAGCACCUCGCUACUGGAUCAGGCUUCUGGGCCCCGCCGCUCCACUUCGCGAGCGACACGGAGCGGCCGUCCCGCCGAACCCUGUACGUAACAACUGGCAGCGGCCGCUUGGGCCCUCGCCACGGCCGCCGGGAAGGCCAGCGGGUCACUGCGCCCCACCCCUGCCGAGGCUCAGCUCGCGC